AUGAAUGAAGAACAAGAAUCAGAACCAUUAUCGAAGAAGGUUUCUAGAGGCUUCUCAUCCGUUAACCUCACAAUCAAGAUAUCGACUUCAACACAUAACCCUAGAAAAGAAAUCUCGAUCAACGACAUUGUUUCUGCUUCAUCAAUCUCAUCAUCAUCUUCAUAUAACUCUUCAUCUUCUUCAGCCUUUGUUUCAGCCCUACAGUCUCCUUACAUAUCUCCCAGAGCCACCGGAGAUGAUCCAUAUCAUCAUCUAGAAAACAAAAUACUCGCUAAUCCAUCCACCAUUACUACAUUUACUCAAACUUCUACUCCAGAAUCCCAUUGUGGGUCUCACUCCGAUGACAUGCCCACCACUUCCUACGACUUUUCCGAUUCCACAAAGCUCAAAAUCGUCGACUGUGUCCCUGUAACAUGUCCCGACAAUAAUACUAAUAAUGCAACAGUACCUCGUAUCUCAUUCUCAUUUCCAGUUACACGGAUUCCUUUAGCAAAAGGGUCUUCAAGUGCCAAAUUGAGGAGCUGUGAUAUUUACAUCGGAUAUCAUGGCCAAAACCCCAACCUGAUUAGAUUUUGCAAGUGGCUCAAAUCAGAGCUUGAACUUCAGGGCAUUGCUUGUUUUGUUGCAGAUAGAGCAAAAUACGAAGAAUCUCAGAGCCACGAGAUUGCUGACAGGGUUAUUUGCUCUGUUACAUUUGGAAUUGUGGUCGUCACAAAGCACAGCCUUUUGAAUCAUCUCGCAUCUGAAGAAAUAAGGUAUUUUGCUCAAAAGAAGAAUCUAAUCGCAGUGUUCUUCGACACCAAUCUGAAUGAAGUCACCAAUGUUCUUGGUCGGAAUUCAGAUGGUAAAGAUUGCAAAGAAGCAAUUGAAUGGUUGAUGAAAUUCCAUGAGUUUAAACUAGAAGCAACUGAAGGGAAUUGGAGAAGCUGUGUAUGUAGAUCAGUUGGGAUCUUAACAGGAAAGCUUGGGAGGAAGAGUACUGUUGCGGAAAAAGAAACUGAAAACAACGUCGAUGAAAUGCCAUUUCCCAAGAACAGAUUUUUCAUUGGUAGAGAAGAGGAAAUUGCAGAUAUUGAAACCACUCUUUUUGGAGAAACUGAAAUCGAAGUUGAUGGAAUUAGAGGCGGGAAGUUAAAAGAGCCAAAUUUAGAUAUUACGAUUGAACCAGUAAUUGAAAAACACUCAGUGAAGAGACCUAAACCUAAACACAAGAAAACAAAGAGCUUCAGAAGUAGCGUGGUGUGCAUCAAUGGAGAAACCUGGAAUGGGGAAAACAGAGGUGGCACUGGAAUUUGCACACAGAUAUUCACAGAGAUACAAAUUGGUUAUCUGGAUUCCGAGAAAGAAAGAGGGAGGAUCAGAAGCUUUGAUGAGCUAGAAACAGAAGCCUUGAAGAGGGUAAAACGGGAAUUGUUUCGUGAUAUCCCGUAUUUGUUAAUCAUCGAUAAUCUCGAAACAGAAAAAGAUUUACACAAUCUGAUACAAGGAAACACCGGGUCUUCCCAUGUGAUUAUAACAACAAGGCUUGAAAAAGUAAUGAACUUUGAACCAAUGCAACUUCAACCAUUGCCAUUAUCCGAUGCAAUGAUGUUAAUAAAAGGAAGACGAACGAAAGAAUACCCGUUUCAAGACGAUGAAAUUCUGAGGAAAUUUGAUGAGAAAUUGGGGAGGUCAAGUUUUGGGUUAUCCGUGAUUGGUUCUUUGCUAUCUGAAAUUACCAUUUCGCCCUUCGCCCUCUUUCAAGCCAUCGACCAGAUCCCUAAGGAAGCUACAUCUUAUUUUGACGAACCAUUUUGGGGAAACAAUCAGUUUCUUCUCAAAGUUUUAAUAUUUUGCGUUACAAUUUUGCAAGAAGCUAAAGGAACUAAAAACCACCUUGCUUUAAGGAUGCUUUUAACAGGAUCUUGGUUUUCCCUUUCACCCAUCUCACCAAAUUUACUAGCUGUUGCAUCAACCCACAUGACUCCAUGCACAAAAAACCGAUUCAAGAAAUGGGUCAAUUAUGGUAAUUUCACUCUUUUUUGUUCUUCGGGUUUCAUUAAGAGCUACACAUGGAAAAAAGAAGAAGAUUCAGCUCUUGUUUUAGUUAAGUUAGGCCUUGUUAGAAGAAGCAACAAUCAGUACUCCGGUUCUUGUAUCAUGUUUCACCCCAUAACUCAAGUUUUUGGUAAGAAAAAAGGGGGUUUACUAGCAGCUAAAGCAAUGGUUUAUAGUAUAAGGAAGAUAGGAAACCCAAUGUUAAACUCAAACCACCUUUGGGCUUCUGUUUUCCUUGUAUUCGGAUUCAAAACCACACCACCCUUAGUCCAACUAAAGGCUCUUGACAUGGUUUAUUUUAUUAAAAAGAUAGCUCUCCCUUUAGCUUUAUGUGCAUUCACUACCUUCUCCAGAUGUAACUCGGCUUUAGAGCUAUUGAAAGUGUGCACAAAUGUUCUUGAAGAAGUUGAGAAAUCAUUCGAGUCUAAGAUAGAGGAUUGGUGUCAUGGAUCGCUGUGUUGGAAGAAGAAAAAGAAGACAAACAUGAACAUGAAGAUUGACGAGUAUUUAUGCCAAGAUUUGACACUGUUGAAGGCGACAUUGCUUGAAACGAGAGCUAAAUUGUUGUUGAGAGGUGGACAUUUUGAUUAUGGAGAAGAGCUUUGUAGGACAUGUAUCAGCAUACGGACUGUGAUGCUUGGCCAUAAUCAUGCUCAAACUUUGGUUGCUCAGGAAACAUUGUCUAAAUUAGUCAGAAUGAGGAAAACGAGUACCAGGGAAGUCCUCAGCAUCGAUCCUUUAAAGCUUAAAUUCCCAUUUGAAUUGAAUAAACAGAUCUAUUCUACGGAUUAUUUAAUGAAUAAUAUCGAUAACCGUGUAGGUUUCAAGUAACAAUGCAAAGCUCAGAAAGAUGUUCAUUCUGACAUGCAAUGUGAAGACAAACUUCUCCUUCAGAGGGUAAUUGCAAGCCCAUGAGCAGCCCCUAAGGACAUAACCCCUAAAAUAAAAAACAGAGUGGUGAUUUCAUGGGGAUGGUGUGAACAAUGUCAACUUGGUUUAGGUACUUCAAGAAUUUUUUUUGGUCUUUUUUUAUCCAGAAUGUGGCAACUUCGUUCUUGAUAUAAAUUCAAUUUUGAUGCAAGUGACAUGUCAUAGUACUAUAUCGCCCGAUUAGUAUUACAAGAUCUUGAAUUUAGGAACAAAUAUAGAAAUGAUGAUGUAUUAGGAAUAGCUGAAAUUUGAUACUGUAAUUUAUGUUAACAUGAGGGAUAUUUGUCAAUUUGUUAACAUUUUCCCGAAAGGAAACUGUAUCGCGGGUACACAAC